CGACCGGUUACUGGAUCUUUCUUAUUUAUCUUCAUUCUCAGCAGCCUCUCGCAUGCGGUGUUGGUUCAUGUCAAAAUGGCGGCAUUUGCGUGGAGCAAUGUGACGGAAACCGCAAAUGUAUCUGUAAAGAAAGGUACACCGGAGCACACUGUGAAAACAUUCUCAGUACAGCAGAAACAUUACUCCUCCCUGUAACUGACGUGUCUUCUUGUAAGGAACUCUAUGACAAACAGGAAGAGAGUCGAGUGUUUCGACUGAUGUUUCGUGGGCAGACGAUCCCUGUUUAUUGUCACAUGGAAAACUUUGGAUGUGGAGAUGGAGGAUGGACACUAGCCAUGAAGAUUAACGGCAAUAAGACAACUUUCCACUACAAUUCUCACUUUUGGAACGACAGGAAAGGUUAUAAUCUUACAGCAGGUCAGACUGGGUUUGAUACACAGGAGACCAAGCUACCAACAUACUGGAGCACACCCUUCUCCAAGAUUUGUCUCGGUAUGAAGAUCGGCCAAGAAAUGAACUUUAUUGUCAUCAACAGGUCGGCCAACUCUCUGCACUCACUAAUCGCUGACGGGCAAUACCGCAACACCUCACUGGGUCGUAACACGUGGAAGAAGUUGAUUGGUUCACAGGCCUCCUUACAGCGCAACUGUAACAAGGAAGGGUUCAAUGCUGUGGGAAAUUCUAUUUCCCAAUCGAAAGCAAGAAUCGGCAUCACUAGCAAUCAGGAAAAUGACUGCGGCAACUGUGAUUCCAGAAUAGGGUUUGGUACAGGAGGACGCCAUGAUGACAGCAACACGUGUGGAAACGAGGCAACUCUCUCACCAGAUAAUGGAGACAAACACAUCAAAACCAUGGGUUAUAUUUUGGUGCAGUGACAUGAACUAGUACUUUGUGAAAAAGCUUUUAACAUGUCAAUGGAUUAGCAUUGAUACGUUUCUAUUCGCGAGAAUUAGUGUUUUGUAGAAGAAAUAAAGUGUGGUGAUGGGAAAACAUUUCGCGGUGUUUUACGUCAACUAUUCAUUAUUAUCAUUAUUAUUUUUGUUGCAUACAUCGGGGAAUGGAUAAUGUUCACCUCUUUAGUGGUUACUUGGUUACUGAAUGAAAAUGUACAUUAAAGGUAGAGUAGUUAACAGUUCUUAAUACAAGUCAGUUAUCUGCAAAAAAAAAAAGAUCAAAGGAGAGAAACUUCAUUUGAAAAUAAUUCAGUCUCAACUAGGAUUUUUGGCCAAAACUGCAUGAAAUUUGCAAGUUGCCAUAGCAACGUCCAAAACCGUGAAGGAUGAAUGAACAUCUGCUACCGAAA